CAAGUCUGACCCAGGUGGGUGGCAGGGGCGUGCUGCUGGCGGUGCGAGCGCAGCGUGGCAAGGCACGGCACGGCUCCGCUCCUCUCUCCGCAGUGGUCGUCCUCUUCGUGCAGGGCGCGGGGAGCAGCGAGUGGAAGGAGUUUGGGCGCACUGAGGUGAUCGACAACACCCUGAACCCCGACUUCGUCCGCAAGUUUGUCCUCGACUACUACUUCGAGGAGAAGCAAAACCUCCGCUUCGACGUCUACAACGUGGACUCCAAGAGCUGCUCCAUCUACAAGCAGGUGAGCGCCGUGGGGCCGGGGGACACGGGGUGAUGUCCCCGCGUGGUGGGAGCUGCUGGGGGUGGAGGCACCGCAAGGCUGUGCCCCUGAGGGGGCUCCCGGGUGGGACAGGCACCCCUGGCCUCGGGGGCUCAGCCUGCCCUUCGUCUCUCCAUGCCGCAUCGGGACUGGCAGAAGGUAGGUGUCUGCCACGCUGCAAAAUCAGUCCCCUGGGGGGGUGCAUGGUGGUCCUGGGAUGCAGGGUAGGACCAGAGCACAUGGAGCGGCUCCGGUGGGGGACACGUGAUGGGUCCAGGGCAUGUGGAGUGGGCGCAUGGGAUGAUCCUGUGGGUGCAGGAUGAGUUCAGGGAUAUGGGGCGAACCUGGGUGUGCAGGAUGUGUCCUGGGCUGGGGGUGGCUCCUGCAGCACGGGGUGGGUGCAGGGCACUUGGGGUGGCUGUGGGGCAGGGCGACCAAAGGUUGGGGAUGGUGAGGGUCUGGGGGGGCUGCGAGCAGGAUCCCCCAGGUUUAACACCCUCUGCUCGGGGCGCAGGACUUCCUGGGGCAGGCGUUCGUGGCGCUGGGGGAGGUGAUCGGGUCCCAGCGGGGCCGCCUGGAGAGAGCCCUCACGGGGAUCCCAGGGAAGCGGUGCGGGACCAUCCUGCUGCUGGCCGAGGAGCUGAGCAACUGCAGGGACAUCGUCACGAUGCAGCUGUGCGCCAACAAGCUGGACAAGAAGGACUUUUUCGGGAAAUCCGACCCCUUCCUCGUCUUCUACCGCAGCAACGAGGACGGCACCUUCACCAUCUGCCACAAGACAGAGGUGGUGAAGAACACGCUCAACCCGGUGUGGCAGCCCUUCACCAUCCCCGUGCGCGCCCUCUGCAACGGGGACUACGACCGCACGGUGAAGAUCGACGUGUACGACUGGGACCGGGACGGGAGGUGAGGCCGUGCCCCCAGGGGCAGGGGCGGGCGUCGGGGCAUCCCUCGCCCUGUGCCACACGUGGCCCCCACGCUCCCCCCCGCAGCCACGACUUCAUCGGGGAGUUUGCCACCAGCUACCGGGAGCUGUCCCGAGCACAGAGCCAGUUCACGGUGUAUGAGGUGCUGAACCCUAGGAAGAAGUGCAAGAAGAAGAAAUACGUCAACUCCGGCACCGUGACUCUGCUCUCCUUCUCCGUCGAGUCCGAGUUCACCUUCGUUGACUACAUCCGAGGCGGGACGCAGCUGAACUUCACCGUCGCCAUUGACUUCACGGCCUCCAACGGGAUGCCGUCGCAGCCCACCUCGCUGCACUACGCCAGCCCCUACCAGCUCAGCGCCUACGCCCUGGCGCUCAAGGCCGUCGGGGAGAUCAUCCAGGACUACGACAGCGACAAGCUCUUCCCCGCCUACGGCUUCGGCGCCAAGCUGCCGCCCGACGGCAAGAUCUCCCACCAGUUCCCCCUGAACAACAACGAGGACAACCCCAGCUGCGCCGGCAUCGAGGGCGUGCUCGAGUCCUACCUGCAGAGCCUGCGCACCGUGCAGCUCUACGGGCCCACCAACUUCGCCCCCGUCAUCAACCAGGUGGCCGGGACGGCCGCCCAGGUGACGGACGGCUCCCAGUACCAUGUCCUCCUCAUCAUCACCGACGGCGUCAUCUCCGACAUGCUGCAGACCAAGGAGGCCAUCGUCACCGCCUCGGCGCUGCCCAUGUCCAUCAUCAUCGUGGGAGUGGGGCCGGCCGAAUUCGACGGUGAGCAGGGCUCGGGGCAGCGGGGCGUCCCGGAGGAAGGGACGGGGCUGGGGGACACGGGCGCUGCCCGCACGCGGGGCGCUGAGCGGUGCUGCCCCCCAGCCAUGGAGGAGCUGGACGGCGACGAGGUGCGGGUGUCCUCGCGGGGACGCUACGCCGAGAGGGACAUCGUGCAGGUAACGGGAUCGCGUGGGAGACGGGCAGGUGGUGGCGGUGCGGGGUCAGGCACACGCUGCCCUUCUGCCCUUGAGCAGCCUCCUGCAGGCACGGCUGGUGGCAUGGGGUGGCCGCGGGACCGCGUCCCGUGCCGCGGGGCAGGGCUCGAGGGCCGUUUCCCGGCCGUGCCCGCCGCCUCCUCCCGCAGUUCGUGCCGUUCCGGGACUACGUGGACGACUCGGGCAACCAGGUGCUGAGCAUGGCGCGCCUGGCCAAGGACGUGCUGGCCGAGAUCCCCGAGCAGCUCCUGUCCUACAUGAAGACCCGCGACAUCAAGCCGCGCCGCGCCGACCCGCAGUAGCCCCACACCGGGGCUGGCACCGGGGCACCGGCCC